AUGCAGAGAUGCAAAGACAAAGAUGCAAGAGGUCGAGGUCAAAAGGGAGGCGUUGACAGAGCUGCUGUUGAGGUUAAGCCAAAGUUGUCGCAACGGAAGAGCGGAGAUGGCCGAGGUCGAGCAGGCUCUCUGGGAGGAUCCGAAGCCUGGGAGCCACAGCUUGUUCACUUGGGGUUGUUUGUCGUCGUCGUCGUUGUUCGUCUUCGUCUCUGUCUUCUUCUGCCGCACAAGCUGGUCUUCUGUCGAAUGGUCGCGUGGUGGGGCGAGGCAAAGUCGCAGACAGCUAUGUAUUUUUUCGAGGCUGGGGGAUUGCCUCGCAAGUGGUUUCUCGCAGGUCGUCAACGGACACAGCAAAACUUUGUGAGGCCCGGCGGACCAAUGGGGCGUCGAGAAUUGUGUGCCAAUGCGACUGGGGGUGGGUUGGCCAAGGUUCGGAGCCUAUCCUCGGCUACCAGACAUUAA